AUGGAUGUUCUCAGCAUAGCUAUCAGAAUUCAAAAUGAUUAUGAAAACCAGAGAAUGGAUAUGAAGAAGGAACAAUACACGGAAGAAACCUUGCGAAUGAAUCAGGUGAGGCAUGCUCUCGAAGGACAUAAAACUUUGAACGAGGCCUUAGUAAGAUGUUUGGUGCAGUCUAUGUCACAAUUCAAGAUAUCAUCGAACGAUUUGAUUAGUAUAACAGUAAAUAUCGCGAAUGGAGUUUUUGGUCAGAAUUGGUGUAUCCCAUCUUCAGAUUUGGACUGUGAGGAAUCAUCGGAUGAAGAAAGUGAUGCUUGUGAAUCGCCUAAGCCAAAACGAAGACGAUGUGGAGAUUUGACCUACGUUAUGCCUACUCGGAAAUGCUUAUCAAAUUACUUGGAAGAUGCCCACUAUCUUAAUUUGGAGAUGUUAGCAGAGUAUUUACUGAAUAAAGCCGACUCAGUAGUAACUGUCGGUAUUGAUGAUGCAACCAAAGCAGCCGGUCAUGAUAUGCUUCACGUUAAAGGCGACCACAUCACAAAGCUGGACCCACACAGACACGAAAGUCAUUCACAACAGGGUAUGUUGAAAACAUAUCACAUUCUGGUCAGGACAGUGCAACUGCUUAUGAAUUCAAGUUAG